AUGGCGAUCCUGGCGGGCGUCAACGCACACACGGAAGGCAACAAGGGCGCCCAAAUCACAGCCAUCGUGUUUUUGUUUGUCUUUAACACGUUCUUCGCCGUUGGCUGGCUCGGCAUGACGUGGCUGUACCCAGCCGAGAUCACUUCGCUCCAGACACGCGCACCCGCCAACGCCCUCUCGACGUCUGCCAACUGGAUUUUCAACUUUAUGGUGGUCAUGAUCACGCCCGUGUCGUUCAACAACAUUGGCUACCAGACGUACAUUAUCUUUGCAGUCAUCAACGCGUUCAUGUUCCCGUGCGUGUACUUCUUCUACCCGGAGACGGCCUACCGGUCGCUUGAGGAGAUGGACAACAUCUUCCACAAAGUCACCGGCUGGCGCGGUGUGUUCACGGUCGUCAAGGUGGCGCGCGAGGAGCCCCGCCGGUACGACAAGAACGGUCAGGCUCUCAUCGACUACGAGCAGACGGCCGAGCACAUGGAGCACCUCGGCCAGCAGCGUCCAGGCCAAGGCGAGCAGCCGGUGUGGGGCGGCAGCGGGAGCGGCAACGGGAGCGAGGAGAAGCCGAACGACAAUCAGCAAUAA